GUCGGGAAGACCUGCUUGGUGCGCUCGCUGUCGCCUCUUCCCCCGUGACUCUACCCCGUUUCGCCCGAUCCCUCUGCCUCUCUCCAGCCGCCAAUCUCCUAAGUCUAUCUUCGCCUUUUUCCGGUCUCCUUUUUUCCGCCGUCAGCAUGCAGAAAAAAGAUGCCUCCUUUGAUGGUUUCCUGCCUUGCUUCCAGCAUUUCGCCACGCAGGCCAUCCACGCCGGCCAGGAUCCGGAUCAAUGGACCUCCCGGGCUGUGGUGCCUCCCAUCUCCCUGUCCACCACGUUCAAGCAGGGGGCGCCGGGCCAGCACUCGGGUUUUGAUUAUAGCCGCUCUGGAAAUCCCACUAGGAAUUGCUUGGAAAAAGCAGUGGCAACCUUGGAUGGGGCAAAGUACUGUUUGGCCUUUGCUUCGGGUACAUCAGCCAUUCUGACUAUUGCCCAUCUUUUAAAAGCAGGAGACCAAAUUAUAUGCAUGGACGAUGUAUUUGGAGGUACGAUUGUGUACUUCAGGCAGAUAGCAUCUCAAUUUGGAUUAAAGAUUUCUUUUGUUGAUUGUUCCAAAACCAAAUUGCUGGAGGCAGCAAUUACACCAGAAACCAAGCUUGUUUGGCUCGAAACCCCCACGAACCCCAGCCUGAAGAUGAUGGACAUUGAAGCCUGUGCACAUAUUGUCCAUAAGCAUGGAGACAUUAUCUUGGUUGUGGAUAACACUUUUAUGUCGCCGUAUUUCCAGAGGCCUUUGGCUCUGGGAGCUGAUAUUUGCAUGUACUCUGCAACCAAGUACAUGAACGGCCACUCUGAUGUUUUGCUGGGCUUGGUGUCCGUGAACUCUGAGAGCCUCCAUGACAGGCUUCGCUUCUUACAGAACUCUCUUGGAGCAGUUCCAUCUCCCUUUGACUGUUACCUGUGCAAUCGAGGUCUGAAGACGCUCCACGUCCGAAUGGAGAAGCAUUUCCAAAAUGGGAUGGCAGUUGCCCGGUUCCUGGAAUCUAAUCCUCGGGUAGAAAAGGUCAUUUAUCCUGGGCUGCCCUCUCAUCCUCAGCAUGAGUUGGGAAAGCGUCAGUGCUCAGGCUGCACGGGGAUGGUCACGUUUUAUAUCAAGGGCACUCUCCAGCAUGCGGAGACUUUCCUCAAGAACCUAAAUUUAUUCACUCUGGCUAACAGCUUGGGAGGUUGCGAGAGUCUUGCUGAGCUUCCGACUGUCAUGACCCACUCAUCUGUGCCGAAGAAGGACAGAGAUCUCCUUGGAAUUACUGACACAAUGAUUCGACUCUCCGUGGGCUUGGAGGAUGAAAAGGAUCUCCUGGAGGAUCUAGACCAAGCUCUGAAGGCAGCACACCCUCCAAGGGGAAGUCUUAAAUAGUACUCCAGAACGGCGAUUAGAAGCUGCUUCCUGAGAAGAUGAAUCUUCUGUAGAAUGUAAUGGACAAUUAAUGAGCUUUCACAAAAUUUUCAAGUGAAAUUUUAAGGCACUUCAUUACUUUUCGCAACUGUGACUUUCCAGAGACUAUCCCUGUUAACAACAGUUUUCUGCAAAUCUUGUCUUGCUUGACAGGUUAAUUCUCCUAAGAUCUUUUUGUUGAUUUUGCUAUUCAUUUGCCUCUGAAGGAGUUGAGACUUGUGCUGUUUUGAAGGAUAAUGUUCUUUUUGGCCUAGUCUAAGGCUUAUUUUGAUCAUACAGUAUAAUGGCAAUCCAUUUUUGGUAUUUUGUGAAGAAAGUAAAAUAUUAAAUGACCGUUCUGAAAUUAAGUGUAAUUUUUGCACAUUGUUGAAAAAAGCAUUGAAAGCAAUGGUUUAGUUUUAAUUACCUCAGCCAAUAAUCACAUAGUUGAAAAAUCUGUGAAAUUCCACUGUUUUAAGGUUGUACUUAAUAUAUUUUACAAAUAAAUCUUAUUAUCAAAUGCAUCCCAU